CUGUGGAUGGGGGACCUGGCCUCUUUUGCCUGCCUUGGACGGGCACAGCAGGUCCUGGUGUCACUGCCUUCCAUGGGUUUUUUGGGGGCUGUUUCCCAGUCAGUGUGUUGUCCCUCGCAGAAAUUGCCGUUGUGCUGGUGCUUCACGGGCAUCCUGUGCCUCCUGCUAGCCCCAUGGAGCACGGAAUGUGACAUUUCUGAGCGUUCCCAGUGCCCUGGUAGCUGCUGGGUUCUCAGAGCCAGCGGGUGUUGAAGGAGCCCCGUUUGCCACAGUCACAAGAUGGGUGUGUUAUUUAACACUCAGAGCCGCAGCUGGGAGGAUUUCAUGUCUCUUUCCCUUCUCUUUCCCCGUGUCCCCCCUGCAGGUGUUGGUGGAAUGAGCGUAGCGUGCGUUUUGAAGAGAAAAGCAGUUCUGUGGCAGGACUCGUUCAGCCCCCACCUGAAGCAGCACGCUCAAGACACAGCCAGCCCCACCAUGCCUGUGGUACUGACAUCUGGCACAGGCUCGCAGGCUCAGCCCCAGCCAGCUGCAAACCAGGCCCUUGCAGCAGGGACACACUCCAGCCCCGUGCCAGGAUCCAUAGGAGUGGCGGGGCGCUCCCAGGACGACGCCAUGGUGGAUUAUUUCUUCCAGAGGCAGCACGGGGAGCAGCUCGGGGGAGGAGGCAGCGGCGGCGGCGGCUACAACAACAGCAAACACCGCUGGCCCACCGGGGACAACAUCCACGCAGAGCAUCAGGUGCGUUCCAUGGACGAGCUGAAUCACGAUUUCCAGGCGCUGGCUCUGGAGGGACGGGCUAUGGGAGAGCAGCUGUUGCCGGGUAAAAAGUUUUGGGAAUCUGAUGAUUCCAGCAAAGAUGGACCAAAAGGGAUAUUUCUGGGAGAUCAGUGGAGAGACAGUGCUUGGGGAACAUCAGGUAGCUCCAUUAUUUCCUUGAUUUACCGCACGCCCGGGAACUGCCAGAACUCGGCCAGCGAGGUGGAUCUGCUGGGCCCCAACCAGAACGGCUCCGAGGGGCUGGCCCAGCUGGCCAGCACCAACGGGGCCAAGCCCGUGGAGGACUUCUCCAACAUGGAAUCCCAGAGCGUGCCCCUGGACCCCAUGGAGCACGUGGGCAUGGAGCCGCUGCAGUUCGAUUACUCCGGCACUCAGGUCCCCGUGGACUCGGCUGCUGCCACCGUGGGGCUCUUUGACUACAAUUCCCAGCAGCAGCUGUUCCAGAGGCCCAGUGCUCUGGCUGUGCAGCAGCUCACCGCAGCCCAGCAGCAGCAGUACGCCCUGGCCGCUGCCCACCAGCCACACAUAGGUUUAGCUCCCGCUGCCUUCGUCCCCAACCCCUACAUCAUCAGCGCGGCGCCUCCGGGGACCGAUCCCUACGCGGCCGGGCUGGCGGCAGCUGCCACCUUAGGCCCGGCUGUGGUGCCUCACCAGUACUAUGGAGUCACUCCCUGGGGAGUUUAUCCCGCCAGCCUCUUCCAGCAGCAAGCGGCCGCCGCCGCCGCCGCCACCAACUCUGCCAACCAGCAAACCACGCAGCAAACCCAGCAGGGCCAGCAGCAGGUAAGGGCUGCCGGCUUCCCGGGCCAGGGAAUGUCCUGAGCUGGAAAUGAACCC